GCGACCGACUUCUUCACAAAAUGGGUGGAGGCAAGACCCAUUAAGAAGAAGCAGGCACUGCUUACCUCUGAGGCAAUGAUGGACAUCUUCCUGACUCAUGGCUCUCCUGAGGUUAUCUUGACUGACCGAGGCCGUGAGUUCUGGAACCACGUCAACAUGAGUCUCUUCGACAGGUGCGGGGUGAAACACCGCAUGACUAGUGCCUAUCAUCCACAGACAAACGGAUUGGACGAAAGGACUAACCAGACCUUGAAGCGAGCCAUUGGGAAGACUCUGGAAGGUAGUCAGGAAAGGUGGGAGGACAACCUGAAAGAGAUUGCCAGUGAUACUCCUGAGGCUGAGGUUGUCGCGUCUGUUGAUGAGGACGAUGUUUCAGCGUUUAUGUCCAGUCGAGCUGAGAAAGAUGCAGCUGUAUUUGACCAGGUGCGUGACAACAUCCAGAAGGCCCAGGAAAGGCAGAAAUCUUCCUACCGGAAGAAGAGCAAAAAGGGAGUGAAGCGUUUCACGAUCACUCCUGGCAUGGUGGUCCUGAAGAGGAACGAGCGGAAACGUGGCAGACCUGGUAUGACCAUGCUUCCUGAUUGGUCGUCCACUGAGUACAGGGUCAUCAGUGUGGACAACAACCUCGUCCAGCUGGAGACCAUGGACGGUCAACCACUGUCGACGAAGACACCCUACGCUUCAGUGAAGCCUCUGCGGGGGCAGACUGACAUGUCCACAGACAGAGCUGUUGGAAUGACAUCUGCUGACAGCUCAGAUGUUGUGGACAACACACUUCAGGUGACAGGCAUCGCAACCACUUCUCUGUCUGCUCAGGCAGAGACUGGGGAAUCCAGUGAUUCACCCAUCUCUAAGGUCGAGCAAGACACACAAGAGGAUGAUGAAGUUGUCGUCGUAGGUGUUCAGUCAGGGAGGCCAUUGCCAGCUUUGAGGAGGGAUGAAAGGAUGAGCGACUUUGGAGCCCUUCUCUCUAGUCCCCACACCUGGCUGAACGAUGAGACCAUGGACCACGCUCAGGCUCUCUUGAAGGCACAGUUCCCGUCAACGGAGGGUUUGUAUGCCACCACCUCUGUGGCUCUACUCUCAACUGUGCCGGGACCAACCCAGGGGUUUGUACAGAUUUUUAAUUUGUCCGCAAACCACUGGGUUACGGUAAGUAACAUUGGAUGCAAGGACGGACGGUGAGGAUUCUUUGGCCAAGCAUCCAGCAGCAGCAUGGUGGCAG